AUGGCGUGCUGCGCGUGCGAGUGCGGCAGUCGUCCCGCAUCUCAGAACAGCAUCGACCGCGAACUCGAAGAUCUCCACCGCGAGAUACAGAACCUGACGGUGCUGCCGCGACCGCCGCUGCCAUCGUCAUCGUCGUCGUCGUCGCUGCGCAAACCGCGCCGACACUCCGACACCUCCGUGUGGCGCCAGGGGGCGCCGCCGUCCGCGCAGCCACGCUCGCGCUCGUUCCCAGACGCGGCGACGACGCGCCUCCAGGUGGCGCUAGCGGUCGACUCUAGCAGCGCCUACAACACGGGCGACAGCGAACACAACAACAGCAGCCGCAACUCUCCGCUCGGCGACGCGCACCUCUCGCUUCUCCGCCUCUCCGCGCCCGCCGACGCGUCGCCGACGCCGACGCCCUCUGGCGGCUGGCGCGUGAAACGUCGCUCGGACGGUUCGCGCUACGUGACGCGCAAACCCGGACGCAGCCUCGUUCUGAAGCAGCGCGAGUGGCGCCUCCUGGAGGAGCGAUGCGGCGCGACGACCGACGACGACGCGCUCAGCGAGAUGAAGGCCGGCCGCCAUUGGUCGAGAGAGGAGCGCAAGCGCCACCUGGUGCGCGCGCGGGAGCGGCGGCGGCGGCGCGAGGACGCCGCGUCGCGACCUCUCCGGGAACAGGAAGCCGCGGACAAUGUUCCGGGAAUCCUGGAGCUGAGUCGCCGGAAGCAGUCGUUCAAGGACGGCAAGAACUUCGACGAUUUCGUCACCGUGCAGGAAAUGAUGGUGCACGGGAGCAGGGGCGCGCACCGCUACCCCUACCGCCAUCUGUUGUCCGUCACCACAGUCUAAUUUACAGUCUAACUCUAAUUACAGUCUAUGUAUAUACUAUAUGCACGCACGCACGCACACAUACACAUACACACACGCACACAUACGCAUACGCAUACACACGCACACGCGCGCACGCACACACGCACGCAUGCACGCACGCACGCACGCACGUACACACGCGCCACGUGAGUAAGUGACACAUCACGUAAGUGAGUACAUACAUAUACAUAUUAUGUAUGUAUGUAUUAUAUAUAUAUAGAUAUGAGAUAUCGUGCUCUAGUGAACAUGAUGAAGAAGCACGAUGCAGGAGCAUGAUGCGGUAACAUGAUGCGGUAACAUGAUACCUGACCACGAUACGGAAGCAUGAAGGGCGCAACACAACACGUAUGCAUAAAAUGAACUCGCGUUUUGUUGCGGAUUGCACACGCUAGGUGGCAGCAGUUUCCAGUCACGGAGGACCUCAUGCAUUGUCAGCGAGAAGCAGACGAGAUUUUGCUGUGGAUAACUUCGCGUUUCUGCGCGGAAUGUUGCGUAUAUAGUGGUCCGGGAAUUAUAUGCUACCGUAACGAAAAAUUGUAUAGCGAAUAAACUAAUUUAACUUUGUAAAUGUUAUGAAUAUGACUAAGAUUUGUACAAUAAAAAACCUGCGAU